AUGGUGGGUAGUUCCUCCUCCUCCACGACCACCAACACCACUCAUUUAAAGAGUAGCGAUCCUUCCCAGGCUGACUAUCGAGAAUUCCAGCUCUUUGGUCGGUCGCCUUCUACGUCCCCUAACUUAUCGUUGGAGUCCAAACCCCCUACGUCUCCAUUACCAGAGCGUCAUCCACCAACGACAUUGGAUAUCGGUGCCCCUGUUUUCAUACCAAAACCAUCAGCUCCAAAGUUUGAUCCUUUCAAUCCAGAUACAACCUUGGAUCUACAGCAAUCAUCAUCAACCCAUGAUGUGGAUGAUGUGGUGGAAUUGAGCGAUCAUCUGCUAAGUGCACAGUUGCUGGACGACUUUGAUGCAGACAAAAGCUAUUAUAACGGCACGAUCACAUCACCUCCCAUUACUACGACGACUACCACCACCACUACUACUACCAUGACAACAACCACUACAACUGCUACGCCACCUAUUCAUCAUCACCAUCAUCAACCCACAAUGCCAUGGUCAUCCUCCUUAAGCACUGCUACAUGGUCACCUGUUCAAUCCAAUACAAUGGCGGUACCUACUGACAAUGCUGCUGUCAAGAGCAUAUGGGGGAAUAGCAACAACAACAACAACAAUCAUCAUGUACAUGACCCCAUGUGGUGGGAUCGAUUUGAACCUUAUUCCCAUGAAGAUGAAAAAGAAUUCGAUCCGACAUUGCAGUACUACCAAGGCUCAUUACUCGAUUCUGAUACGAUCCAAGAUAUGAACAAGUUAUCCCUCUCAGUCACCAAUCCAUCCAUGGAGGAGCAACAAGCUGAAAAUGUGGGAGAGGACAUGUCAGCAUUGCAGAUGCUUGAAUCCAUUUUCACCGACUUGAAUGAGGCCGAAUUGACAGCUACGCUCGAGGAACACGGCUAUGAUCUUGACAAGACCACUGAAGCAUUAUUCAAUCGAAAGCAACAACAGCAAAAUGAAUCAGUGCAACAACCAUCAACAGCAGCUGAAAUAUCCACCACCACCACCACAACAACGCCAACGACAACAUCACCAGUCAGCAAAAAGAGACAAGUGUGUCGACAUUUCUUGGCAGGUGAAUGCUAUCGCAAGGAUUGUUGGUUUGCACAUGACCUUCAAGUCAAAGUAUGCAAAUUCUGGUUACAAGGCUCAUGUUUGAAAGGUGACUAUUGCGAAUUCUCUCAUCAUAUUGAUGUACAAGAGGUGGCUAGCAAGAUCAAAAGCAAUCCCCAACAACAGCAGCAACAGCAACAAAACACCAAGCCAAUACGUUUUGAUGAGAGUGAAUAUCCUGGGUUACAAAGCAGCAGUAAUAAGCCCAAAGGACCAACCCUACAACAACAACAGCAACCAUCAUUAGCAGCCACACCUACUUUGGUACAAGAAGAUUUCCCUACGCUGGGUACAGCAAUUAAGAUCAAGAAACCUGUCAAAAAGACACCAUCAUCAUCAUCACCACCACCUGCAUCCAUCAAUUUCGCUGAAGCAGCCAAACGAAAGGCCAAUGUCAAACAAGCAACAAAGACCAAAAAGACCGUGAGCAGCAAUGUGCACGAUGCACGGAUCAUGCAACGAUUGAAGCAACCAGUGAAUAUACCAUGGCUAGUGACAGGUAGUUCUUUGCACUCGGAGUAUAUGAAGCAGCGUGAUCAAGCGAUUCAAUAUGGCAUGUUGCGCAAUCGAUUUUUCAGUCGAGCCACGGCAUUUUAUUUGGAAGGGGAUGGUGCCAAGGCCAAGGCUUAUUCGAAUCAGGCCAAGUAUUAUAACAGGUUGAUGCAAGAAAUGCACACGGAAGCGAGCAGACGUAUCUUUGAAAAGAGGAAUCAGCAUGAGGCGUUUGUGGAUUUGCAUGGUUUACAUAUUGACGAGGCAUUGGACAUGAUCCAUGAACGGCUUGAGAAUCUCAAAGGCUACGAGGGAAUAGUGUAUAUCAUCACGGGCACUGGACAUCAUUCGGGAUCAGCGGGAUACAGCAACAAGAAGAGCAAACUUAAACCUACCGUGGAGGAAUACUUGCGGCAAGAAAACUAUCGCUUUGCAGAGACGAGUCUUGUGAAUGAUGAUAAGGGUGGUAUUUUUGCUGUUGAUAUGACUUCUGUUCGAUAA